AGGAUGUAUGUAUAUGUAUGUCUCGUCUUUCAGUUGACUUUCAUCAUCGUUUUGUAGCGAACGUUUCGCACAAGUAUCGAUAGGAAAUUACAAUUAUACAAUACUUUAUUAGCUGCGUAAUAAAGUGGUUGCAUGUUCUAAUGAUUUAACAUUACAAAUGUCCAUUCAAUUACAUUAAAUAUCUAAGAACUACUAAAAUUGCGUUCAAUCAAAAAUCUGCUUGGAUAAUAGCGUCGCGGCAAGCGUGGCGCAAUGCAGUGUGUGUUUGGAUGCAGAUAUAAAUUGUGUUUCAAGUUUAUUUAUGGAGGUUUUCGUUGUGAUAACUGUGGUAGUGUAAGUUUUUGGAAAUAAGCCAUGUUGCCCAUGGUGCAGGCGGAACCUGUGCUCUUCAAUUGCGCGGGUCACUCUGCCGAUGGAGCCUCACCGACGGCCACUCUACCUCCCUCGCUUACACCGGAUUCUGAGGUUGAGGGACUCGCAGAUUUUUUUUAUGAUAUAGAUGUGGCUGUCGUUAAUUCGUUUUCAAGAAUUGAGUCCUGUGACCUCCAACUGGGAGACACAUGGAGGGGGAUGCAGGGCAAGAUGAGCGUGACCACGCCGGGUAAGAAGAUAAGAAAAAAGUCAUCAGACAAUAAGUCACAAUCUCAACAAAACAAGUGCGACAACGAGAAGCGACGUCGAGAGUUGGAAAACGAAGUAAUAAAUCAACUAGAGGAACUUCUUGGGACUUGUCUUGCUGAAGUAAAGCAGCCAGACAAAAACGGCAUUGUACAGAAAGCUACACGGCAGAUUGAGGACGUAUUGCAGCGGCGGCGGAACUGCCCUGGUGACUGUCCCCAGCGUAUGGUUCAAAGCUUGUCACCUGUACAAGCCGGUGAAGUUAGUUCCACCCAGCAACAACCGCCUCCUACUGGUUUUCAGUAUUCAGAGCUGAGUACUCUAAUCGAGGCGAUAAAACAUUAUACCGGCGUCCUGGGUUUAAUAUUAAUGGAAAUUAACUCGAAAGGCGAAAUUGAGUGUGUGACUGAAAAUAUAAAAGACCUCGUUCUCGCAGAAAGAACAGAGUUAUAUAAGAAAUCAAUAUUCUCGCUCUUGCAUGCUGACGAUCAUGCAAAACUAAAGCCAUUGCUGAGAAAUAUCCAAAACUUUUCCUGGGGAUCGGGCGAUUCUGAUAAAUUCCAAUAUAUCCAUGCCCGCCUGCUUUUAAAAGAUUCAAAUGUUGCCGAUAGUUCCAGGUUUGUGGAUACUGUGAUUCACGCUGCGCCAGUACGCAGCUCGUCCACGGAGGAGGCCGGCUCCGUCAUGUGCGUCAUUCGGCGCUGUGAGUCGGCCGCUAUCUCCAACGACGGCGGACCCACCAUCGUUUUCAGAUUGGAUUGUAACUUUAAUAUCUUAUCUUGUGAUUUGUCCGGAGUGGAAAACUGUAUAAAUUCUCCUAUUUCUCUUGUGGGAGUUCGUUACUUAGAUCUCGUUGAAAGUAGCGAUCGUGCACGCGUAUCAUCACAUCUUCAGGAAGUAGUAGUUCGGGCUGGUUUGCUCGUGGUGAGCGAGCCCUACCGAUUACGUAUCGGGACCGACGGUCCUCGUAUCAGAGUAAGCGCACAGGCGAGACUCUUUCCUACGGUCGGCGAGCCAAACUUCAUUAUGUCUACGAAUACUGUACUCGGGGAUGAGGACGUAGAUAUUCACGAUGCGGGAACGUCCCGUCCUUCGCUCGGUGGUCCUCUCAUGACUUCGGUCGCCAAUGGUGAGACAUCAGCCUCUGAGCCGCGAUACCGCUCCCCUAUGAGCCCCGGUGAACAUCAAUUCACCAUCAACGACUUCGACCUCGAAACCUGGCCAUCAUCUUUUCCGAUGGGAGAAAUGUCAGGCGAGGAGGCUAAAGAACGUAAAGAAAGCGGCGCAGACAAUCCCGCUGCUCAUGCGUCACCAGUCGAAGCGCCGCCGCCGCCGGCCGUUCACGAGGAACCAAAUCGCCUUCGUAUUUUGCUUAGCAAGAAGAGCGUACUCAAAGAUUUGCUGAACCAAGAAGACGACGAGGCGACAAGCAGCGAGACCUCGGCGCCGCACACGCCGCACACACCGCACACGCCGCACACGCCGCACACCCCGCACACCCCACACACGCCGGCCUCGGCGCUCUCUCCACUGCACUCGGCGCAGGCGCACGCCAGGCCCCCGCCGCACAUGGGCCAGCAUCAGCCGUCGCCUCAUAAUUCCCACCAGCCAACACACCAUAACAAUCAACUACGCAAGAUUUUAAAUGACAAGUCCGACGAGGACGGAGAGGAAGGCAGAAGAAAUUCAACGGAUAGUUCGCGUGGAUCUUCCCAGUCCAGCGCUUUGCUCUCGCAGCUGCUUUCAAACAACAAUGGUCCGGCGAGCAACGGACGUUCUCAGGAAAGCGAUAUGUACAUGGAUAGAAUAGCCGGCAUGAAGAGAAAGUUUGAAGAGUCCAAAGCCUCUACGAGCACCGCUAAGAGAGCUACACCUGAAAAUCAACAGGUGUCGUCGAGUGCGACGGGUGCAGGCGGCGGGUCCGGAGCGCCGACGUCGACUGCGUCAUCGAGCGCCAACAGUCCGGCGACCAGCAGUGGCCCCGGCAUGAGUCCACUCUGUCAGAAGAACCAGAUUCUCGUGUCGCUGCUGGCGCGACAACAGACCACGCCGCCCACGCCGCUGCCGUUGCCGAACCCCAUCCUGCGGCCCUACCCAGCGCGAGCGCGCGCGCCGCCCACGCUCGGCCACGCUCAUUCCCACCAGCACCCCCUCCACAUGGCGCAGGCUCGCCACCCUCAUCACACUAUUUCCAAUAUUCUCACCGCUAACAUUCGUGGAAACAACGUGAACGGCGGCGCGGGGCCGGUGUCGUCAGCCUCGAGUGUGGAGUGCUCCAACAUGCAGGGCAUUCAGACGUCGCAGGGCGGCUCUGUGGGGCAGGCGGGGCAGAGUCACCUGCAGAUGGUGCUGCAGGGCGGCGCGCGGGCCAAUUACCAGCCCGCCCCGCCGCACUACCCCUACAACAACCAGACCCAGAGCGGCGGUAUGAGGUCGCAGAGUGGAACGAGUGGGGACAGCGAGGUACCAAAUGAUAAGACACUGUCGGAUAUUUUGGACGAGGUGAUAGAAAAUAUGCCAUAUAACGAUCGUUCCGCACCUGACGUCAAUGUUCUCAUGGAUAUGGAGAGUAAUCGACAGUUACGCUCAGAUUAUGCUGGUGUUAAAGAGAAAAAUGAUGUCAUAAAUGCGAUAACGCAAAGUCUUAUGCAAUUCGAAACUGCGACUAAAAGUCCAGUCUCAUCUAGCCCGAGCGUCCAAUCGGCUUAUCCCGUUCAAAGUCAAGGCUCGUGCACAAUGAGCGGCGGCUCGGGCGCGCUGUACGGGCUGGUGGCGCGCAGCGACGCCGACAGCGUGCGCGCACGCGCCGUGGUGGAGCAGCAGCGUACGCGCCUGUUGCAGAUGCAGCGCUCGCAACAGAUGCUCGUCUCCCCAGAGGCUGCAGAGCAGCCCCAAGCCGAUCUCGGUUCUACUAUAAACGCUUUAGUCUCCGCGACGCCGCCUAACGUAGCUCUAAAGCGUACAGACUUCCAUAAUUUGUAUCAUCAUACGAAUCAAAUGGGGCCAAACUACGGGACGAACAAAAUGCCCUCGUCGCAACAAAAUCCAAUGCUAAGUCGACAACUCGGCGCGGGCGGAGCGGGCGGCGCGGGCGGCGCGGGCGCGUACGCGGCGGCGCUGCACACGCCCGUGGCGCCGCAGCCCUACCUGCGCGCGCCGCGCCCGCACCACGUGGGCGGCUACUAUGAGGAGAGCGAAGUGGGAGUCCGGGCUAUCUGCGGCGAGUUUGCACGCCGAAUGGCGCAAGGUGCGCACCCCGCGCACCCGCAGCACCCGCCGCACCCGCCGCAUCCGCCGCAUCCGCCGCACCCGCCGCACCCGCCACACCCGCCGCACACGCCGCAUGCCUCGCCUCACGAUCACCCGCUCUCGUGCGUGGGCGGCGUGGGCGGCGUGGGCGGCGUGAGCGGCGUGAGCGGCGUGAGCGGUGUGAGCGGAGGGGGCGGCGUGGGCGGCGCGGCGGGCGGCGGCACGUCGGAGUACGUGCGCAACGAGCUGCGCGCCGUGGUGGGCGCGCGCUCGGCCCGCCCCGAGCUGCACGCGCUGCACGCGCCCGAGCUCGACCCGCUGCUCACGUUCGACAUGCCCGCUCCUGGUGGCGGUGGUGUGGUGGGGGGUCGAGCGUCUUCGGCGUCGGCAAACUCGUGGGAGUCGCAACAGAGCAUACCGAGUACUACGGAGGGCUCGGCGGAGGCGGCGGCGGGCGGUGAUGAGGCGCAGACGGCGGGCUCGGCUAAGGCGUCGCUGCUGCAGAAGCUGCUGUCCCAGUGACGCGCGGGCGCUCGUCGGGCCUCUCCCCACUUUGCAUUUAUACUUCGCGACGCCUUGACUGCGAGCUCUCGCGCGCCUCGCGGGGAGCGUCUCCGUACGGAUAGUAUAUAGUCUAGUAGUGCUAGUGAUAUUUUUGAGUAAUGGUGAUCGUCGGUCGAUCGUAUGUAUCCUUAAGUUCUAUGAGAACUCCGUUUAUUGUAAGUCAUAGAUUUAUGUGUCUAUGUAUAGUUGUUGAUGAAGUUCGACGAAGAAUACGACGGUAACUUCCCGUUGAGUAAUUUUUUUUGAUUCGCAAUAUGAUUGACUCGUGUACGCCUAGUUUACAUUCAUUAAUAUACAAUAGUGACAUACCGCGUGCAAUAUUGUAUAGAAAUAUUAAACACAUUUUUUGGCGUUGUGAACGUUAUUGUAUUAUAGUGUGAAAGUCAGAUGUUACCUGUUAUGACAAAGUUAAGUUGUACUGUAGUACUGUAGUAAGUUUCGUUCGAAGGAGCGUACGAGAUUUGCUCGUAUUCUAUACUCGGCGUAAGUUGGAGCGACGUGUGUCUCGAGGUCAGAGGGUUACUUUAUGUAAUACUUUCGAAGAGUAUAGGAAUGAGUGAACGUGAAUGUAAAUAAAUAACGUGUUGUUAAAUUAUAGCAAUUGCUUUAGUGUAAAUAUUUUGUUAAUCUAUCUUUGUGUUUCUGAUAUGGUAUCAUAAUUUUCUUUUAAUAUUAAUUAUCAUUUAUUGAUUUAUUAAAGUUGUUUAUACUAUACUUUAAUUAUACAAAAAUUUGUUAUUUUCUUUUUUUGCCUGCGUGCUCAUUAUCAGUUCUAAAAAUUCCAUUAUGCUAUUUUUAAGUAUAUAGUAAUUUUUGAACAACAAUAUCUGGCGAUAGUAUGGAAUCUUUACGAUUUUCGCUCUGGCGAUUUGUCGUCUAUUCCUAAAUUUUUUAGACGUUAACGUAACAUCAAGUUUUCCCCUUUAUUACUUAUUAUCAAAUUUCAUUAUUUUACUAAACAUAUUAUAAUUUUUGAAAUGAGCAUAUCUCUUUACAUAGCAUUUUAAUGCGUUAUGAUAUUUAAAUAUGCCAAAUGAAAUACUCAAUUUUGUUCAUUGUGAUUUCAAUAACGAAACUAUAAGUUUUUUUAUUUUCUUUUUAUAAAAAUAAUAUUUGGUUUGAAUGAAAUUAAAAAAAAAAACAUUGAUUUUUUAAUAUCUCAUAUUUACUCACAAACAGGGAUUUAGUUUUUCUGUACAGUUGUUUAUGGCAUUGAGUUUUCAAUUUUUAUUCUAUCUUUAAAUUAAUAGUUGAUAUAUAAAAAGAGUAAGUACGUUUAUAUCAAAAUAAUUUCGAAAAGAAUAACGCAACUAAGGAAAACUUAAUAACAGAUCAAAAUUAAAUCUUAAUAGAUUUUUAAUAAGUAAUACGUAUGUAUUUUUAGUAAAAAUUACAAAUAUUAAGCUGUUUAUACAUAUUUUGAUUGUAUAAAAAGUACUGGACUACAUUUAAAUUAAAGUAGUAUAUAAAAUAGCGAGCAUAAAUCUAAUUUCUUCUUGUGAGUAAAUAUGAAAAAGUAUAUGCUCAGAUAUCAACAGAAGUGACAUAAACAUUUUAGCAGUGGACUUAAAAAUUAAAAAAAACUGAAGCUUUUUACUUUCUAAAUUUUUCGCGAAUCGACUUAAAAAUCUUUUAAUUAAUGAACAGAUUUAAGAUUUUCGUUUGCAAAGUGAUCACGAUCAAUAUUUAUAUUAAUUGGAUUCGCGUUACGAUAAAUGCGUCUCGAGCAGCUAUUCUGUAUUUAUAAAUCUUAAAUUACGAUACAAAAGUUUUUGUACGUUGUAAAUGUAAAAAAUACGCAAUGAUUUUUGGCUUUAUGUAGGUUCAAGUAUACCAUAAUAUUUUGCAAUGCUAGAGUGAUUCAUCGUUAAGUGUUUUCUUGUAUUUCACCGGAUUGAAUGGAAUUAUAUGUAAUGUCAAGUUGUAGUCUGUGGUCUCGUUAAUCCUUUGUGAACUUGUGUAUAACAUCGAUGUUUGUCGUCAUAUUUAGUAAAUAUAGCUUCAUAAAAGUUUUUGCACUCAAUUAUUCGUAAUAAUUAACAUAAUUUACGACGAUUCGAAAAACUAUAUGUACGAAAUUUACCUCAAAAUUAAUUAAGAAACAAUUUUAAACUAUUGAAAAAGUAUUAUAUUUAAUAUCUGAAAUUACGAAAUAUUUGGAAAUUUAAUAAAAUUAAAUCGCACAAUUUAAUAUCUACUUCGUGUAAAAUUAAACUAAGUGUAUAAUAAGAUUCUGAAUGUUCGAUGUGCGAUUUGUGAUCAGAGAACAUUAGCAAUUUCUUAUUUCCUCAGAAACAUCCUCUCGGUCGGGACCACAACUCGAACUGUCAACUUUGAAUAUCCUGUUAAUUAUUUUAGCUACGUCGCCCUUAACCAAACAACGAUCACGUUGAAACAUAAAACGUGCUGUAGCAGAUUAUACUUGUUAAAUCUUUGGUCACAAUUCAUUCGGAAUGAAAAAUUCGUCUGUUUUGUAUAUUUUCUAAUUGUUAAUUCUAUAAAUAAAUUAUUAAGUAGGUCUAAACACACACUGACCAGUGAAUUUUAUUAAUGAAACACGAGAUAUUUUAAACUUGUAUAAUUUGUUUUAUGGCAAUUAUGUAUAAGAUGCUUGGUACUUAACUGACUUAAUAUUUCACUCCUGUUUGAAGCCUAAAAGCGCAUGUUUGCUGAGAAAUAAUCUUCUAUAAUAUUGGAGAUUUUUAUCGACAUAUUUACACUUGAAGUUUUUAUAUAUUCUUAAAUUGUAUUGGCCCAAAGUAUAACGUUUCCGGCACUCUUAGAUAACAAUGUCGUAUCUACAUCAACCAUAGAUAUAUUGAGUAAUAUAACUUAAAAAUAUUGUGAUGUUAUAUAAACUUACCUAAACAAGAACGUACAAAUAAUAGUAGCGAGUAUCCAUAAAGUUAUUCUUAACGAGGUAAAACCGUGUAAGGAUUAUAAAAAUAUUUUUAUACCCUAAAAUGCAUAAUUAAUGUUUAGAAUACUGACCAAUUCCGUUUAAUGAAUUCAUCAAAACAUAAAUCGUCUUUGGUAUCAUGAUUAAUAGUGAGAUAAAGCUUUACAAUAUCCGAGAAAUGUAGCAAUAUAACAUUAAAUUUCAUUCCAUUUAGUUUGAUACGGGGAGACGAUCAGGUGAUGGUAUCCGAUUAGUAAUACCGAUUCCAUAAAGUACAAGUGAUGGCCUUGUUAGGUACACGACGACGUUAAAGAAAAUAGUUGAGGAUUAGUGAAGUCUACGUAACUUAUUGAAAAUAUUGGAAGCAUAUUUAUUCGAUUGUUAAAAGAGCAUUUAAUGCCGUCACAUAGUUUUUGACGUCUCGAUGCGGACAAAAUGUACCCAAAAGGCUAUAUUUUUUACAGAUUUAUAUAUUAUAAAAGAUAUGAAGACUCGUAUUCAAUAACACGUCCAUUGCACGAGUUGAAUAAAUUGGUUAUCCGAAAAUGAAUAUAGUUAACAAGCUGUAACAAUGCAUGCGUGCCUGAUAUUAAAGAUAAGAUAUUUUUCAAUACCAUCUUUACGAAGAGACUAUGUAAUUAUACAUGUAAUAUAAAUAACGAUUAAUAAAUAGUUUAAAGGAUACACAACUUUUGUACUUUUUGUUGAAGUGAUUUGUUGCUGUCGAAAUUUUUAAUAAAAUCAUGUUAUUAUUUACAUCGAAUUCAGGAGAGAUUCGUUAUUAUCUAGAUGUAUCUAUAUUUAUAUAUAAAUGCAACAACGCUGAAGAUUAAAUUAAUAUAGUUCAAUAAAUCCAUAGUUAUUAUUUUGUAAUAAUAUUACAGGCGUAAAAGUUAUAUUGUAAGAGUUUGUGACAUUUAAAAUUGCCUAUGAACUGUAAAAUAUUGGUGAAUUGUCUUCCAAAACAAAACCAUGCUGUUGUCUUAUGUUUUUAUCAAGCGUAGACGCUAGUUACAAAGAAAUUACACGUUAAACUUCCUCAAAAAUUCGCAAUGAUAAUUUAACGCAUGCUACUUGUGUAUUGAACAAAAUAUAAGUGCAUGUUUUGUUUAGUACUUAAAGUAAUUCGACAAAAAAAAAUCAUUGAUAGCAUAGAAUGUUUGGUAAAGUAUAUUUAUUAAAGCUAAUUUGGUGAUUUUCAGAAUCCAUUUGUAAAGUACUUGUUCGUUUAACUAACGGCUACGCUAAGUAAAGUUUAGUACUAAUUUUUCUAUUGUUUUGUAAAACUUUUUUGUAGAAAAAAAUAAAACAUAGAUCUAGAAAUCUUUACCAUCACUAUUAAUUUCAUUUUAAAUAAUAAUUUGUUAGUGAUUCACACGGUGACACCAAUAUUGACUAUAAAGUGAUCGGUAAAAUAAUAAUCAACGAAAUAUUUAUCCUAUAAAAGAUAGACUUACAUAUUUUGAUAAAUGGAUUGAAUUGUUGAAUUGGGCUUAUUGAAUUAAAUAUUAAUCAUACGCAAAUUGUCUGUAUACUUACUCUUAAACUCUUAGAUUAAUAUUACCAUCUCGGUGUAAAGGAUUUAUACCUCAUUUUAAUGUUCGAGCAUUAAGUCAUGAUUUGAUAUUAAAAGUAAAUUGUUCAUUAAUUAUCUUUUGAAACAUCAAAAUGAUUAAUUCUAAAUAAAUUUCUGUUUUAUAAUACGGUUAAUAUAAUUUUGAUUAGGCUGCUAUUCUGAUGUAUUAUUGUAAGAUUUAUGAUAAUUUCAAAACUAUAUAACAUUAUUGAAUAAAAUCAUAUUUAAGAAUAUGAUAUAAUUUAAAAAUAAUAAUAAUAUUUGGUCAAAUAAUUGGAAAUGUUGUAAUGUAUUAUUCGAAAUGUUAUAGACGUUAUAGAUCUUCCAUAUCGCAGAGUAACGAUUACAACACGAUAAUAGGGUCCAAAAUUUCCAUCCAAUGUUACAGCAAAAUUAUUAAAUUGGACUGCGUUAAGAAUUGUGAUAUACCGAGGUUUAUUUAUUACGGUCUCUUUACUCUGUGAGGGGGAAUCUAGGUAAUGAAAAAUAUUGUCAAAAGUAAUCAAAGAAACAUUGAUGGGUACGGGAAUCUUUGUUUCGAAGGGAAAACAUAAUUAGUCUAACAUUUUAUACCUUUACAAAAUUCUGUCCUUCGCUUUUAAAGACGUUCUUAAAAUGAUUUGAUGUAAUUCCUAAUCCCUCUGUAGAUGGUAACUUGUGAUAAAUAUAUUUAUAGUCGGAUGACAGUCGCUAACACAACGAGGUGAUCAGAGUCCCGUACAAGGUUGAUUUUAUUUUUUGUAUAAAAUCGUGCCUCUUGUCUUGGCCUGUCGUCUGCGAGGGGUACUGUGUAUAUUUUUAGAGAUAAAGUUCAGUUUAAGAUGAUGACUUUAAGCUAAUUAUGUUUUUUCGAAAAAAACGAUUGAAUGAUUAAUACGUGGGCCAGCGGCAGAAAGGAUUAUCGCUAAUAUAAUUAUGCUUCUAUCUAUUAUUAUAAAUAAAACGAAUGUGUUUGACACAGCGUUACGGGUGGGUAGAUGUUAAACAGCUUUAAGAACUAAGUAUGUAAUACCCAAGUCUUGAACAGACUCAAACUUUAUCUAAGUUGAAUGGAACUAACUAGUCUAAUCGUAAGCCGUAAUCUUUUUUGCAGAUGGCCGUUAAAUCUGUGUUAUUAAGUUCUUCAUAUUUUAAUAUAAGAACUCUUUUUGUGUUGCUGUGCAUUUCUAAGUAUUGUAUGUAUGUAUGUUUAUAUAUUGUAAAUAGCUAAACAUAUAUUUUUACGACUAGAAUACACAACCAAAGUUGUUAUAAAAUGUGGUUGAUUAAAUAUUAAAAUUGAUAGUUAUGUUUAUUUUUAGUAUACAUUCAACUAAAAUAAAUCAGUUGUAUGAAAACAUCAAUGUCUCGUCAGAAGCCUUUAACAUGACCGCCCUGAUAUUAAUAAAUACGAAUUUAUUGUUUGCGAUAUGAAUUUCGAAUAAUAUCAAAACAUAAAAUUAAGUAACAGUAAAAUGAUGAUAAUAGUACGAUUACGAGUAGCUUACUGUUUUUUGUUCCUAAUAGCUUGCUCCUGAACAUUUACCACAGUUAUUGUCAAUUAAUGAAGCCGACAUUACAAAUAUCUGUAAGGUAUUUGAAUUGUUAUGAUUUAAUCCAUCGACAAAAGCAGGCGUUAAGAGUACAUUACUUUUAAGUUGUAUUUUUUGUACAUUUUAGAUUCGAAAAUAUAAUUAUAUCUAAAUGAUAA